UACCGCGGAGCGGGCCGCUCCCCUCGCGGCGCCCCGCGCCCCCGCCCCGGCCGACCGCGUGGCGCGCUCAGUCGCGACCGAAACGCUGUCCGGGGAAGUGUCGACGAUCCCCGUCGCAAUUACUACUUUUUUCGAAGUUGUCAGUACAGUUUUUGUUUUAAAGUUCCCCAAAAAAGUUUUAUGUGACCAGUCUCCUAUUCCGUCGGACUCCGAGGAUAUUAGACUGUGAUCGGCGGUGUAGUUUGUUCGGUUGAUGCGUUGAUUGUGUUUUUUUUUUGUUAUUGUUGAGUUUUUUUGUUUGGUGCAUCGUGCCUGAGCCGGCGGUCCCAUCGAGGCGCUGCCUGGACGCGCGGCAAGAGACCCAAAGGACAAAGCCUUUAGGGCGUGUAGUUGGCGUGGUGUCGAGCGGUCCCCGCUCCAACCGUCAAGCUGGCUGCGAGCGCGUUGAGCAUGAACCCGCACUACCACGGGUACGCGGAGCUCAGCUCGCCGCACCCGCCCUCCCCGGAGGCCGCCUUCACGGCCAACGGACACGACUACCCACACAACAACAACAACCCGGCCCUCAAAGAAUGCGCGGGAUGCGGCGGCAAAAUCGUAGAAAGAUUCCUCUUACACGCCUUAGACAGAUACUGGCAUCACGGUUGUCUAAAAUGCACGUGCUGUCAGCAAGCUUUAGCGGAUAUGGGACGGUCCUUCUACUUCAAAGGAGGGAUGAUAUUAUGCAAAAGCGAUUACACGAGAAUGUUCGGUUCAGGCGGCGCGUGCGCAGCAUGCGGCCAGGCGAUACCCGCGAGCGAAUUCGUCAUGCGAACGAAUGCGCCUCAGCAGCCGCUCCAUGUCUUCCACAUAAAGUGCUUCGCGUGCUCCAAAUGCGGCUCACACCUCAUGCAGGGCGAUAGGUAUUACAUGCUCGCGGGCUCACUAGUGUGCGAGCAAGACUGGCAGAAGCUGAUGAAGAGCGCGAACGCGGCGACGCCCGGCGCGCCAGUGCGCAAGGGCAAGGUGGGGCGCCCGCGCCGCUCGCGCGAAUGAGCCGCGCCCGCGCCGCCCGUGCCGCCGCCGCGCGCGCCGCAACACUCGCACAGGGACUAUGAGGAGAUGAUGGCGUGUUCGUACCUGAGCGCUGCUGGCAUGAAGCCGGAGCCGGGCGCAUGCUGGCCGGCGCUGCCGCUGCCCGGCGCCUCGGAGCUGCCGCUGCCCGGCGCGGAGCGGGCGCCCGAGCUGCCGCCGCCGUACCGCGCGCCCGCGCCCUGCCACCCGCUACCAGAGCCGGCCCUCGACCUCACCACCCCGCACGCGCCACGGCUCACCCCGCCGCGCGAAGACGAACAGUGACUAGUGUUGCCAGACAAUCAAAUAAAAUUAUUACUCAGCGACUCGGGUGAUCGCCAUAACUAAUUUAAAGAGCGGUCAGUAAUAAUUUUACAAACUGUUAAGUUAAACGUUAGUAACGUACAUAUUUAAUUUCGGUUGUGAAAAUGGCAAUUUAUGUAAAUUCGCUUUAAUGGAAUCCCAUUAAGCUCUGGUAGUACUUAAGCGUUGGACGAGAUGUGUUUAACACAACGCGUUUCUACUUAAAAGUGAUAAUGAGAUGUUGAUGUAUGAAAACAAUGACGACAUAUCGUAUGGUAUUUAAUCGAACUUUACUUAUUACCUGCCUUAUUUCGAAUGUCAGUUAAUACAUCAUAAAAAUACAAGGUACUUGAACAAAGUUAUGUUAAUUAAUUUAAUUACUUUUGAAUAAAAACACCUUAUUAGUCUCCAGACAGUUUGUACGCUAGUGGUCUUAAAAUAGCUAAAUUCAGUAUUUGACCUAAAUAUAUGUUUUUGGUGGUUUUAAAUUCAUUAGAAUAAUUCGUUAAAAGUGUCAUAUACACCCUUAGUUGUCGAACAAUUAUUGUUACAUUAAUAAUGAUUGAAUUUCAAAAGUCGGCGUUUAAAUAUACUGUUUCAAACUCUCACUGGAAAUCAUGAACGCUUGUACUGAAUAAAAACUUUCAGCAACGUUUAUUUAUAAUGGAGUUUGUUCCCGCGUUUAAAUCAAUACGCUUUUAACGCGAGAUCAAACCGACUCGAUAUUUUGUUAUUGCCACCAUUUAUGUUAUUGACAUGAGUAAAAAGAGGAAGUAAGAUUAGACACCGUUAGUAACAGAGUAACGGUGGAAAUAUUACAAACCCGAUUUACUCUUUCUCUUAUUGCUAUGGCAUCACCGUCGAAAUAUUGAAUGGCUCAGUGCUCUCAGGUACUACGUGUGUCCACUGGAGCCACCUCUUGCCAGUGGUUAAUAUUAUUUAUUGUAGCUCCUUACUUUAGAACUUUGUUUUACGCACGCGUCUCUGUGAUUUGCUAUCAUGCUCUGUAAAUAAUAACAUUAAUUCUCGAAUAAAUUUGUUAUUUCGUAUAUAAACGACGAGCUGUUACUUAAACUUCGAUAUGAGCCCGUUAAUAUUAUUCUUUUAAACUGUAAAUAUUAGUAUAAACAUUUAGAUCUAAGUAGAGACAUCGUGUACCUAAAACUUUAGGCGCAAAACUUCGUAGCAAUAAUUCGAUGCCAACAUCUUUGAAGUUAAAAUUCGAGUUACUAACAUUCUCUGUAUAUAUUGAACUAAGUUUUACCAUCAAAUAAAUUUGUGCGAAUCAAAAUUUUAAAUAUAAACCUACAGUUAAUGUAUGUAAGUUAUCUUAAACGCUAACAUUCCUUUUCGUGUAAGUGUAACUCAAAUACAUGCCUAUAAUAUACUUGUUAUUUUGUUUUUAAACUUAUUUUUUCUAUUCCACGACAUUUAUUCUAGAAAUUGGGUACUUGACACAUGUUGAAUAUUAUAACAAAAUUUAGUUAAAUGGAUAGAAAAUGUGCCAUCCAUUAUAAAAAAUGGAAUUUAAAAAGUUAUAAUGAGAUUAUAAAAAAAUACAAGACCCAAAAUAAAUAAAUAAACUUUUUUGUCUUUCAAAAAUAGAAAAAAGAAUGGUACCAUUCGAUUCCUUAUAUUUUAUUUAAAAAUAAAUUGUAUGACAAAUACACAUAAACGCAAUAUUUCAGGGUCAAAAUGGCAAUUUCCUUGAUCAUCCAUACAUUUAGGACAGACUUAUAUAAUGUGACGUCAUUUUGUUAGAGACGUUUCAAUCGUCGAGUGCGAGCGUCAGACUUUAACUCUCAUUUACGAUCUUUGUGUUGCUUAAAUGCCAUGAGUCCCAUAUACACAUUUGAUCCUCAGGAAAAUCAAGAUAGUUUGAUAUUAUUUACAAAAAAUUGUCAAGUAGCCAAUUGCUAUCAAUUUCAACGUUACUUUAAAAUACUGUGAAAAUAAUUAGUAAGUUAUCGACUGAUAUUAAUUUUAGGUAACUAUUUACCGUCUCAAAUAUGCAUGUAAAUGUCUCUUAAUUUUAUCCAGUCAUUAGUAAAAUAGAAACUUUAAUUGUGUAAAUUCAUCAGUGUUACGAUAAUUGAAAUCGAUAUAAUAUCUGGAAUCAAUAUGUAUAUGUAAUGUUAGCGUUUAGUGAAUCUUGCCAUCUAACGAUACGUAAUGUAUAAGGAACGGUCCAGGUUUCAGGCACGGAUACAUCCUAACCAAAAAUAAAAAAAAUAGUAUUACUUAAAUCAAGCUCAUAAAACCUACCUUGAUAUAAGUAAUACUAAUUUUCUUAUUCUAGAUUUUGUUACAUACUGAACACUCUUUGUUAUGUCCAAGACUUCUGCAGAUUAGAAGUUAAGUAUGACACCUGAUAUCUCAGUGAAUUAACCAUACCUGAUAUGCUAUAGCACUGAUGAGUCAAUGAUUUAUUAUAACUCAAGAUAGGUUAUAGGCGUUCCAAAAUAGAAGCGCUUACCUUGUGACAAAUUGUUCAAGUUGCCCUUAGUCACAUCUGGGCAAGCGAGAGAUGUGCACGUGCUCGAGUUUUUUUUGUGCUCCUUGGACGCGCUGGUGGCCUAGCGGUAAGAGCGAGCGACUUGCAAUCCGGAGGUCGGAAGUUAUUCACGAAAUAUCAUUUGAUAUUCACCAGUCGCUUUUCGGUGAAGGAAAACAUCGUGAGGAAACCGGACUAAUCCCAACAAGGCCUAGUUUACCCUCUGGGUUGGAGGGUCAGAUGGCAGUCGCUUUCGUAAAAACUAGUGCCUACGCCAAAUCUUGGGAUAAGUUGUCAAGUGGACCCCAGGCUCCCAUGAGCCGUGGCAAAACGCCGGGACAACGCGAGGAAGAAGAGAAGAGUAUUUUUUGUGCUCCUUAUGUAUGAGUAUAACCUAUCUAUAGUUAUAUAAUAUCAUUGUGAUAAAUGCAUCUCUACAUUCAACUCAAGCAAACCAACAAUCGACAUUCAGUACCUACAUGUUUAGAACAACCGAAGUUUUCCAAGCUAAUAUGUAAAAUUUUAUAUGACAUUUGUAUGAGACGUGUCCUGAAACCGGCAGUUUUUCUAGAACAGUUAUGGUGUUACCAGUACCUACACAAAGAAAGAACAUUGCAACUAGCCUAAGUCGGCGAUGGGAGGAGAAAAUUAAAAUUUUGUAAAUUAA